UCAAAUGACUGUCAAAUAUGACAAGUUUAUACUCAAAUCGAGCGGCUCGACAAGACGAAUCCAACUAUCAUACUAAAACACCAAAUUCGUAUGCAUUUAUCUAUCUCAUACCAAGAUAUAUCAUUUCUAUAUACACAACACUCAACUUACCUUUUUCAACACCCUGCAAUGAAGUUCUCAUUUUCGUUCGUAUAAGUUUUGUUGCGAGGUAACUGUAUAAAAAUUUGGCGGUACUUGUCUAGAAUUCGCCUGAAUCUCUUCCUCCUCAAGUAUACUUUUAUGCAAGAAAAAAAUAACUAAAGAAAACAAUAUUUAUGAAAAAGAAAAGACGAGAAGAUAAGGGAUGGAGAAUCACAAGUGAGAAGACCAAUAGAAUGGACAUUCCCACCUUCUUUCGACUCUGCAAUCCAUCUUCUUUCCCGUCCACUCUCCAUCACCCCCACCGCUACUAUCUCAGCUCCAUCAAGAACCUACCAUCUGCACACCCAAUAACAACCUGCAGCUGCUUGCCGGCUUUCCUCGCCGCCGCCGUGCUCUUCUCAUCUCCCGCUCCGCCGGAAGAAACCCUAGCCAACAUCCCCCAAACGCUCUCCGGGGAGGACGCGAAGCAAGCGCGAAUCCAGCGGCCGCGGUCAAAAAAGGCUGAAUCUUGUACUGCUAAGUGUGUUGGCACUUGCAUCAGAGGCGGCGCCGGCUCCCCUGGUGAAGGCGUCCUCAAUAUCAGAAGGCCUCUAGUUGUCUUCAAGAAAGAGUUUAGAAGCCGCCAAUACUGCCUGGCGGAAUGCUCCGACAUUUGCAAUCUAAUCAAAGAUGGAGAUGAUGGGCCUUAAAAAAACUCAAAUGUCUUCGUUUUGUUCAUCUUCAGAUGUUACUGACUAGAUCUUGUCAACUUACAAAGAUUUGAUCUGGUUUUCGAUAAGAU